AUAUUUGUUUGACAGCUCUAAAAAUAGUUCCCCGGACCAGUUUGGCCUUAUCAAGUUCCAGCUGACUUCUACAACUGAUACAGGCAGGGGGGAUUUGUCAGAAACUAGGAAAAAUCGAGGAGUUCUCUCAUCGUGGAUCCCACUUCAUCUGACCUGAUGGAGGAAACUGUGUUGGAGAAACCUAUCUGUGAAGAAGCCAUAUUGGCUGAAGAAAUCCCAGAGGUGAAGCCUGCAGCAAUGGUGAAUAAGAAUGGUGUGAAAGCGGAGGCUGCUACUGCUAGUGGGGGUGGGGGUGUUGCUAGUGGGGGUGUUGCUAGUGGGGGUGGAGGUGCUGCUACUGGUUUUAGCGGCACUAAGAUCUUCACCUGGUUCAUGGUUCUGGCUCUGUUGGGGGUGUGGAGCUCCGUGGCCGUGGUGUGGUUAGAUCUGGUGGACUACGACAACGUCAUUGCGAGAGCAAAGGAAUUCCCUUUGAACUUUUCAGAGGUUUUACAAGGUAAACUUUCAGCGUAUGACGCAGAUGGCGACGGUGACUUCGAUGUGGAGGACGCCAAAGUACUACUUGACGAGAAAGAGGUCAAAACUGCUGCUCCCAAAAAGGAAACGCUGAAAAAAGGAGUGAAAGAGAGGCCGGUUUCUCUGGUGCAGAAGGAAGACAAGGAAGAAUCUGCUGUGGAAGAACAAACCGAGCCCAUUGUGGAGGAAGUCAUCCAGACAACAGAGGGGUCUGAGGAAGAAGGUCAGCUUCCACCGAACCCAUCACAGGAGCAGCAGGCCCCUGAAGGUGAGAGUCCGGACGGAGUGGGAACUCCAGCCAAAUCAGAAGAUGCAACUGAGGAAUCUUUUGAGGGGAAACUGGCGGUUGAGGCAGGAUCGUUUGAGGCUGAGGCUGCUGUCCAGGUAGAGGAAAAGGCUGAAUCAGAACCAGAGGCUAACGUGGAAUCUGUUCCGGAACUGGAAACUGUCCCAGAACUGAAAGCUGAAGCUGUCCCAGAACUGAAAGAGGAGCCAGUGGCAGUAGAGAAGAAAACAACACAGGAAGAUUCAGAAGGAAAUGCAGAGGACCAACCAGAGGAUAUGCUCAAAUACAAAGCCAAGAAGAAGAAGCCUAAACUCCUGAAUACAUUUGAGAAAACAAUCAAGACGGAUAUUGACGCGGCUGAGAAGUUACGUAAAAAGGGGAAAGUGGAGGAGGCUGUCCGGGCUUUUGACACUCUAGUUCAGCAGUACCCCCAGAGUCCAAGGUGUCGCUAUGGGAAAGCCCUGGCCGAAGAUGACCUGGCAGAGAAGAUGCGCAGCAACGACAUGCUGCAGAAGGCCCUCAGCACAUACAAGGAGGCAUCAGAGCUGCCCAACGCCACGCCUGACCUCAUCAAGGCCACACUGAAGAAACGGGCCGAGCGUCAGCAGUUCUUAGGUCGUAUGAGGGGUGCCUUAGCCACGUUGGAGAAGCUGGUACAGAUCUUCCCUGAGGACAUGGCCCUGAAGAACGAUCUGGGCGUGGCUCACCUGCUCAUCGGAGACAACAAGAGCGCCAAGAGGGUCUACGAGGAGGUGUUGGUCAUUGCACCAAGUAACGGCUUUGCUAAAGUCCAUUACGGCUUCAUCCUCAAAUCAGAAAAUAAGAUAGCAGAGAGCAUCCCAUUCCUCAGGGAUGGUUUGGAAUCAGGGGACCCUGGCACAGACGACGGCAGAUUUUACUUCCACCUCGGAGACGCUUUGCAAAGAAUGGGAGACGACAGUGCCUACAAGUGGUAUGAGAGAGGGCACCAGAGAGGUCACUUUGCCUCCGUAUGGCAGCGAUCUCUCUACAAUGUGGACGGUAUCAAAGCCCAGCCGUGGUGGACGCCCAAGGACACUGGCUAUAUGGAUCUAAUCAAGACCCUGGAGAGGAACUGGAGAACCAUUAGGGACGAGGCCCUGUCAGUGAUGGAUAAAACCACCGGCCUCUUUGUUCCAGAAGAGGAGAACCUCAGAGAAAAAGGGGAGUGGGGCCAGUUCACACUCUGGCAGCAAGGCAAGAAGGCAGGGGAGUCCUGCCAUAGUGUUCCAAAGACCUGUGGCCUGUUGGAGCGCUACCCAGAGGCAACAGGCUGCAAGAGAGGACAGAUCAAGUUCUCGGUGAUGCAGCCUGGUACUCACGUCUGGCCCCACACGGGGCCCACGAAUUGUCGCCUGCGCAUGCACCUGGGCCUGGUCAUCCCCAAGACAGGCUGCAAGAUCAGGUGCACCAACGACACCAGGGCUUGGGAGGAGGGGAAAGUGCUCAUCUUUGAUGACUCCUUUGAGCACGAGGUGUGGCAGGACGCCGACAGCUACCGGCUCAUCUUCAUCGUGGAUGUGUGGCACCCCGAGCUCACCCAGUACCAACGGCAGACUCUCUCCCCCAUUUAAAGGAUGUAUGGUAAAAUGACUGACAGACAGACUGUCAUCUACUGGAGUGCUGGGGUUAACACUCAUAAGAACGGAAGGGUCCAUAGUAUCUGGUCUCUGUCUGUCCACACAUUCCUUCACAUUCGGCCAUUUUAGGUCAAAGGUGACAAAUGUGACACUUGUCCUUGCUCAGUCAAGGACUUCAUUUUGGAACCGUCUAGAAGAGUUACUGAAGGCCCUGUCAGAUUGGAAAAAGCCUUUGUGACACUUUGGAACACUGACUGCUAACUGUGGUACUCGACCAACUUGGUUUUUAGGCCAAAAUGUGGACAUACGGUAAGGUGUGGGUUUAAUAUCACAUAGGCUGUGUUGUAAAUGUAUCACAAGUGCAUUCUUGUUUUUCAUUAGUCAACCAAAGUGCCAUGUGUCUGAAACAUACCUAACAUACAAACGGUAACUGAACAAAACUUUAGUAUUGCGAUUAGUGAGUUUACUGUUGUAUAGUUACUGAUAUCAUUUCUUAAAGAGAUCGUUUUCCUGGUUUUUAUCCCAAUCUUAAUCGUUUUCUUUCCUCAAGAAAAGUUAUUUGAUGAUUUUCAUGUUCAAGUCUUCAAAAACGUGAGGUAAGGACACAAAUAAGAUUAGAGUAACACGGAAAACUAUCCCGUUAAGAUGUUGCUAAGCUAGCUAAACCUCUGCUAGCUGUUGUUUCUCUAACACUUGAUUGGUUAUUACACAGCUCUUAUUGCAUGUAAUGGUCAUGCAUUAACUUCAUGUUACUUCCAUAGCUUUAUACAGUAAUCUGCAUCUUACUUUAUUUUGGGGUUCUAUUUUUAGUAAUACAGAAACACUGCUUAUUAGGUCAUUCCAUUUAACUCGUAUGAUUUUCGCAUGUCACUUUAGAUUAAUAGAUGGGACAUCACAAUGCCAAGAAUGUUUUUAUUGCAGAAUUAAUAUUGUAAAAAAAAAAACACAUUUUUGUACGCUGACAUAUUUUCAACUGUGCCUUGACCUGGGAGCACACACAGCCCAUUAUACUCAACAGGCUUGUCUCUGUAAUUUAAAGUCCUGCCAAACUUGUGAAUUUACAUUCUUAAAUGUAUCAAAUAUGAACAUUUUGACUGAAGGCAUAUAUUUUGUACAUGCAUAACAUUUGAAUGUUUUAUAAAAUGCUAAUUUCCCUGUGUAAAGGUUAGGCAGGAGCAUGUUGAAUGUACACCAGUCUUGUCACACUGCAUUCCAAACCUGGGUCAAAAACCAAUGUCAAAUACUUCCCAAUACUUCAAAUGCGCUUAAUUUAGUUUGCCUUGUACAAUGGAAUAGUCCCUAAGAGGAGAAUCUGAGAUAAAUAAAGUGCACUACAUAGGCUAUUCUUGAGUAUUAGAAAGCAUUUCACCCAGGUCUGCUGCAUUCCAGGUAUAGCAAAGCUGACUAGAAGGGGUCUUUGCUUGACCAAUGUUGAUUUUCAAAAGGAAAAAGAAAUGCCGAAGCAUAUUCUUCUAGAUGUUGUUAUUUAAUCACUCUCUAUGUGCGUUGGUAAUCCGCUUCAUCGCAGCAAUGAAAUCAUGUCCAAAUCAGUCCAGUGGGAUUCUGCUGAGUUCAUGUGCUAUCAGAAUAUUCAGAAACUCAGGACUAAGAAAUUCCUGGCAAGCCCGCUGACUCAUCAUAGCUACCUGUUUCAGAUGUCCAAAACCGCUCAUACUGAUCUUACGGGUAGGAAAUACAGGAAACUGGGGUAACAUCAAUGUACCCCACGUUUCCUACUUCAGAGGAGUAUGUAAACAUAUCAUAAUGCCAUGGGUCGGAAUCAUUCGUCAGGACUAUUGGAUGUCAUCCUGUCUGCCCAAAAAAGGAUGAACUUUUCACCCAAGUGUGGCUGUCUGUCAUGGACAUGGGUGUCUUGGGGUUCUGUUUAGGCUGUGAUAACACAUUCAAGUUAUCCUCCUGACUCCAAAAUAGUUUCUUAGUUACAAUGCUGUAGUAAAUCAAGCACGUUCACAAAAGCCACAUCGUUUGAGAAUUAUUUCACCUUUUGUGGUACUCUGUUAUGAAUCUAUCACUUUUUGUAGUGUUGAAAUCACUGAACUGUUCCAUCUGUUGUAACUUGGCCUGCCAAGUAAGUAAUGCAUCUUUCAAUUCUAUUUUGUAUGUUGUAAUUAGUUGCACUGAAUAAUUGUAAACUAAAUAGCUUCUUUUCAGUAAAUGAAAAAUGAGGUCAAAAUGGUGUCAAGU